CCCUUUAACGUUAAGCUACAAUAAGCAAAAGAGCAAUAUGUCAUUUAUUUAGCUGCAGACUGUACUGCUGCAUGUUUUUCAUUCUCUCUCUGGUUCCAGGAGCAUCUAUGGGGUGGCUUCUGAUUCUCUUGACUCUCUUCAGGGUAACCAGCUGCGCCGUAAACUCCAUUUCUGCUGACCAGUCCAUCAGAGAUGACGAAACGAUUGUUUCUGCAAAUGAGAUGUUUGAGCUAGGAUUCUUCUCCCCAAGAAAUUCGUGGGACAGGUUCCUAGGAAUUUGGUACAAGAAAAUAGGCUCUGGUACUGUCGUUUGGGUUGCCAACCGGCAGGCCCCAAUUGCCAACUCCACAGGAGUCCUGAAGCUCACCACUGAAGGAAUCCUUAUCCUCUCCAACGGCACCGGUCCUGCAGUUUGGUCCUCCUCCAAUUCAUCGGGACCGCCAAAAAGCAGCCCGGUGGCUCAGCUUUUGGACUCGGGAAACCUCAUAGUUCGGGAUGGGAGUAGUGAUUCCCCGGAAAACAUUCUAUGGCAGAGUUUCGAUCACCUGAGUAAUACUCUCCUAGAAGGAAUGAAGUUUGGGAUGAACUUACAAACAGGCCUUAAUCGGUACCUCUCUUCCUGGAAGAGCCCUGACGAUCCUUCCCCCGGAACUUUCACUUACAAGCUCGAUCCUUCAGGCUUUCCUCAGCUGAUCCUUAGGAAUGGUUCCGUGGUGCUGUACCGCUCGGGUCCAUGGAAUGGUCUUCGCUUCAGUGGGUUCCCUCAGUUAACCCCCAACCCAGUAUACAAAUUCGGGUUUGUCUUCAACCAGUCCGAAGUUUACUACUACUUCGAGCUUCUCAACAGCUCGAGUCCCUCCAGGCUGGUCCUGAAUGAGAAGGGAAUAGCCGAGAGGUUCGCAUGGACAGAUCAGUCUAGGGGGUGGAUACUGUAUUCAUCUGCUCAAACAGACGAUUGUGACACUUACGCUCUUUGUGGGGCCUUUGGUACUUGCAACAUUGCAAAUUCUCCCAAGUGUCAGUGCUUGAAAGGAUUCGUACCCAAGUCCCUGAACAGCUGGCAGGUCGGGGACUGGUCCAGAGGAUGUUUUCGAAGUACUGAGCUUGCCUGCCCUGAAGGGAAAGACAAGUUCAUGAAGCAUUCCGGAAUCAAGUUGCCCGACACAAGGUCGUCGUGGUUUAAUCGGAGCAUUAGCCUUGCGGAGUGCAAGAAGAUUUGCUUGAAGAAUUGCUCGUGCACCGGUUACGCGACUUUGGAUAUUAGGGAUGGAAGCGGGUGCCUCAUUUGGUAUGGUGAGCUGAUUGACAUUCGAGAGUUCAAUGCUAACGGCCAGGAGAUCUAUGUGCGGAUGGCUGCCUCAGAAGUUGAUGACAAUCUGGGUAACUCGGGAUUGAGGAGAAGAGUGGAGAUCAUAGUUGGUGCUGCAGCCUCAAUCCUUCUCCUACUAGGUGUCACAUAUGUUUGCAUCAAGCGCAAGAGAGGCGAAAAUUUUUGUGGGUAUGGUCGAGAAAGCCCGAAUGAAGAUCUAGAGUUGCCCUUGUUUGACUUCUCCACAAUAGCAAGCGCGACAAACCAAUUCUCGAUCCAGAACAAACUUGGCGAGGGCGGCUUUGGAGCUGUCUAUAAGGGUAUUCUGAAGAAUGGACAGGAGAUAGCUGUGAAGAGGCUUUCAGAGACUUCGAGACAGGGACUCAUCGAGUUCACAAAUGAAGUAACGUACAUAGCGAAGCUGCAGCACCGUAACCUUGUUAAACUUCUAGGAUGUUGCAUUGAAGUUGACGAGAAGAUGUUGGUCUAUGAAUUCUUGCCCAACAAAAGCUUAGACUGCUUUAUUUUUGACCAAAGACAAGCUGUAUUACUUGAUUGGAAUAAACGCUUCGUCAUUAUCCACGGGAUUGCUAUCGGGCUUCUGUACCUUCAUCGAGACUCGAGAUUGAGGAUUAUACACAGGGAUCUUAAAGCAGAGAACAUCCUACUAGACAACGAGCUGAACCCGAAGAUUUCAGAUUUUGGCUUGGCCAGAACCUUUGGAGGAAAUGAAACUGAAGCAAAUACCAGGAGAGUCAUGGGAACAUAUGGUUACAUGUCCCCAGAGUAUGCAAUUCACGGGCUUUACUCAGUGAAAUCGGACAUCUUCAGCUUCGGUGUCCUUGUGCUCGAGAUUGUGCAUGGGAGGAGAAACAGAGGGUUCAGUCAUCCUGACAACAACCUCACCCUUCUUGGACAUGCAUGGACAUUGUUCAAAAAAGGCAGGCCAAUUGAGCUGAUAGAUGAAUCUAUCAAACAAACGAUCAACUUCUCAGAAGUUUUAAGAUCGAUCCAUGUGGCCUUACUGUGCGUUCAGCACAAUCCUAGGGACAGACCAGACAUGUCUUCCGUAGUAAUGAUGUUAGGUGGAGAAAGUUCGUUGCCAGAGCCUAAACCUCCUGGGUUUUUCAGUGAUGUGAUCUCUUUAGAAGGAAACUCUUCUGGAAGCAAGCACGCAGAGAUUUCAGCGAAUGAGCUGACAAUUUCUUUUGUAGAGCCUCGUUAGAGAUGCUGUAAUGUGGUUGAAAUUUCGAAAUUUGGAAAUUUGAAUGAAUCCAUUAUUUUCCUGUCAAA